CCGAUAUCCGAUAAUAUCCGACUUACAAAUAUCUGAAAAACCCGAUUUGAAAUAUCAAAGGGUCGGGCUUAGUAUUUAAUAUAUUAAGUUAAAGGUUUAAAUAUGUUUUUAGUCCCUCCAAAUAUAGCACACUUUGAUUUAGGUCUCUGCAAAAUAUUUUCUUUGUUUUUCAUCCUUGAAAUUUAUAUUGGUUUUCGUUUUACUCCAUGACUAGUGAUAACAACCUUCGUUUGACAAUGAAAGAACCCGGCCAAUAGGUAUCCUUUAAUUCUUUGUCAUGCCAUUCAAAAAGUAUUUAAUUUCAUUGUUCAAAAGGUUUUAAUACAUAUUUAAAAAGUGCAAAUAAAUUAGUUUGAAUAUUGUUUUAACUCUCUUAUUAAUCUCAAAAAAUUAUAAACUGAUGAAUUUAAAUGUUUCUAGUAGAUUUAUGCAACUGAUAAUAAAAAAAUCGAAUUAGAAUUGUAUUGGAGUUAGAGAUGGACUAAAACCAAAAUGAUGCAUAUUACAGGGAUGCAAAACAUAAAAAAUAUUUUACAGGGAUCUAAAACAAAGUGUGCCAUAUUUGGAGGGCUAAAACCAUGUUUAAACGUAAGUUAAAUACUACUCCGUAUGCUUGUGUCUACCCGUAAGUCCGCUGCACUUCAUCGCUGCGUCCCUCCUUCUCAAACCGUCUCUUCUCACUCUGGUAAUCGGAGCUCUCGGACAGAAUUAAUGGAUCAAUUAUCAGAUGAUUUGAUUGCUGAUAUACUCUCUCUAUUGGACACCAAGGAAGCCGCUAGAACGAGUGUUUUGGGGAGCAGAUGGAGAUUCUUGUGGGCUCAAUCACCCAAUCUUGAUUUUGAAUUCCUCGAUUGGUAUCAACCUAACAAGAGAAAAGAAUUUGUUGACGGGAUGAACAGGCUAAUUGGUGCUUGUAAGGGAAAAAAACUUGAAAAGCUUACAAUCAACUUCAAUGAUUGUUCUGUACCAGACGUUGAUCAUUGGAUAGAUUUUGGGUGUGAGAGGAAUGUGCAAACUGUGAAAUUGAGGAUUCAGAAUGAAAGGCAUCCCUACAUACUUCCAAAGAUCAUGUAUACUAGUUCAUCUCUAGUAUCAUUAUCUUUGGAAUUUUGUAAUAUACAACCACCUGAGGGAAAAAUUAAAUGGCCUUCUUUGAUAAAACUCCAAAUUUCAGGAGUCCAGAUAUCCCAACUUGUCAUGGACAAUAUACUCUUGGCCUCCCCACGAUUAUCAUCUUUGCAAUUGCAUCAGUGUUGGGGAUUUACCCAUUUGACCAUUAACUCCACAAACCUACAUGAUCUAGUGUUGAGGGACCCAGAGGAUCAAAUAGAUCUUGAGCCAGUCUUGACCAUUUCAGCACCACAUAUAAAAUAUGUGGAUCUGUUGGUGUAUCAUAUGAAAAGAGAAAUUCAGCUACAACCUUGCUCCUCACUAGUGAGCGUAGGAUACAACUUCAUCGGCAUGGAUAAAGUCAUACCAAAAGCUGUAUUCUUUAAUACGGAGACCUUCUUUGAAGAGAUCCAUCACAUUCAAGAGCUGCAUUUACAUGAUGCUUCUAUUCAGGUUGUAUCAAAACUUUUGGAUCACGGUUGGCAGCUUCCAACAGGGAACAUUAGGUGCUUGAGAAUGGAUGUUGCAUGGGAUGUUAAACAAACCCUUCUGAGUUCUCUAGAUUUACCUCUGUGUACUCUAGUCAUUCUAAAUGCUUCUCCAACCAUUGACACUUUGAUCAUAAGUUGUGAUUAUCCGCAAAUGUUGGAGGACAACUGGACCCAACUAGCAAAGGAGAAGUGCAAUGGCGAUUUUAUAAAUUUGAAGUUUAUCAAGUUAAUCAACGUGGUGGGAGAUUCUGUUGGGUGUGUUUCGAAAAACAAAGAAAAUUAAUUAAUAAAAAUUAAUUAAAUAAAAUGAC